AUGGUUCUAGUUAGAGAUGCUCAACAGGCUCAAGAUAGAACCCUCACAGAACUAUCAGUGUUUGAGAUUUGGUCUUGCUACUGUGAAGAAGUGAUGCAGCUCCACAGAGUCAAGGAGAAUAAAGAAUUUGAAGGUUUGGACAGAGGAGCCAAAGGCCAAAUUUCUACUUUGUGCGGUUUUGCUUCAAGUGUUAGCCAGAAGAAAGAAGCCACUGAAAAUAAAAGUUCACCUAUACAUCUUGUUUCCCCUAACAUCAAGAAUGUGAGAGACCUACCACCAAUUUGCCUUGAUGUUAGACAAAAGCAGCGUAUCCCUAUAGAUACAUUACCAUCUGAAAUGAAGGCCCCAGUCCUUACAGAACCUAUCCUUCCUAUCCAGCCCAAAACUAUGAAAGACUUUCAGGAAGAUGUGGAAAAAGCUAAGCCAUCAGGAGAUUGGAAAACAGUACAUGAUUUUUAUCUCACAACAUUUGAUUCUUUUCCUGGAUUAAAUGCUAUAUUUAAGAAAGAUGCCACUGCCUCAUUUAAUACCAUUGAAGACUCUGGGAUUAAUGCUAAAUUUGUGAAUGCUGUAUAUGAUGCUUUACUUAAUACUCCUCAAGAUAUUCAGAAGACAGUAUUAAAGGGAAUCAUUAACAGCCUAUUACGAGAAUGGAAAGGCCCACGAACAAAAGAUGAUCUUAGAGCAUAUUUCAUCCUUUUACAGAAUCCUCAAUUUAAUAACACAUCUACGUAUGUCAUCUAUGCUCACUUGCUACGACAGACAGCUACCUUAGUGGAAGCUGACCAUCAUUUCCUAGUUCACUGGUUUAAAAAAUUAUCCCAGAAGAGGUUCAAACAAUUGGUAGAGAGAUUGCUGCAAUUUAUUUCUUUACGCCUGUUUCCUGCAAAGCCUGAAGAAUUUCCCCCUAUAGCAAAAUGUUCCUGGUGGAUUCCAUCAGCAUCUAAAGUGUUGGCUUUACUUAAUACUGCAAACAAUUUGGUUGACCCUCCCCUUAUUCCUUAUACUGAUUUCUAUAAUUCUACAUUGGAUCACAUUGAUCUCAUGGAAGAAUAUCAUACUUGGCAGAGCUUUGGAAACUCUCACAGGUUUUCCUUCUGUCAGUACCCAUUCGUUAUUUCUAUAGCUGCAAAAAAAAUCAUUAUUCAGAGAGACUCAGAACAACAGAUGAUAAGCAUCGCAAGGCAAAGUCUGGUGGAUAAAGUAUCUCGAAGACAGAGACCUGAUAUGAAUAUGUUAUUUCUAAAUAUGAAAGUAAGGCGGACACAUCUGGUUAGCGAUUCGCUUGAUGAGAUACCAAUGAACAAACUGUGUUUUCUUUUUUCAGGCAUGUUUACAUAUCACAAGGACUCACACUGCCAUUGGUUUAGCAGCUUUAAAUGUGAUAACUAUUCUGAAUUCCGAUUGGUUGGAAUUCUUAUGGGACUAGCUGUUUAUAACAGCAUCACCUUGGAUAUUCGUUUCCCUCCUUGCUGUUACAAGAAAUUAUUGAGCCCUCCCAUCGUUCCUAGUGAUCAAAAUACACCAGUAGGCAUCUGCAGUGUUGCCAUUGACGACUUAUGUCAAAUUAUGCCUGAAUUGGCCCACGGAUUAACUGAACUCUUAUCAUAUGAAGGCAAUGUUGAAGAAGAUUUCUAUUCAACAUUCCAGGUUUUUCAAGAAGAAUUUGGAAUAAUUAAAUCCUAUAAUUUAAAGCCAGGAGGUGAUAAAAUUCCAGUUACCAAUCAAAAUAGGAAAGAAUAUGUACAGCUUUAUACUGACUUCCUUAUCAACAAAUCCAUCUAUAAGCAGUUUGCUGCAUUUUAUUAUGGAUUUCAUAGUGUAUGUGCUUCAAAUGCCCUAAUGCUGCUUCGUCCAGAAGAAGUCGAAAUUCUGGUCUGUGGAAGUCCUGAACUGGACAUGCAUGCUCUACAGAGAAGUACUCAGUAUGAUGGGUAUGCGAAAACAGACUUAACUAUAAGAUACUUUUGGGAUGUUGUACUUGGAUUUCCUCUUGAUCUUCAAAAGAAAUUGUUACAUUUUACUACAGGAAGUGACAGAGUUCCUGUAGGAGGGAUGGCUGAUUUGAACUUCAAAAUCUCAAAGAAUGAAACUUCUACUAACUGGCUACCUGUGGCCCACACCUGCUUCAAUCAACUUUGCCUUCCCCCCUACAAGAGCAAAAAAGACCUGAAACAGAAAUUGAUCAUUGGAAUUUCAAAUUCAGAAGGUUUUGGACUCGAGUAGCCUAAAAGACUUGAAAUAUAAUAUUUUAUAUGUAGCAUUCACUUCCCUCUUAUUGUGCCUUUAACCUUUUCAUGUUUCUGUCUCAAAACACUUUCAAAAAGCUCCAACUUUAAAAGACUGAGCUGUUGUUUUUUUAGUUUUUGGUUUUUUGGGUUUUUUUGUAAUCAAUUAUGAAGUCUGUUAAGUGAAGGCAUGAUUUUCUAAAAACACAGAAUUUUCUUGAGUGAGGAAAAGACCACAUGGCAGAAACAGAUAUGAGUCCAGUCACUCAUUUUUUUAGCACUUUAUCAUUUUCCAUAAGUAGUUUGCCACAGGUGUUCCACUGGGAAAAUGAAGGGUAGUAAAGAAUGCAUUUAGGACAUAGUCGAACCCAGUGGCAGAUUAUGUGCUACUAGCACACAGUAGCAAAGCAAAUAGCUACAUAAUAUUUACCAUAAAGCAUGUAGCCAUAUUUUCAUAUAGAGGUAAACAACAGUAUAAUUGCAAAUGCAGUUUACAGGGUUUUUUGAUAUACUGGCUUUGGGUCCUAUAAGAUUCUUUUCAACUAUUGCUGAAAAGCAUGUAAAUAAUUACAUAAUAGCCUGAGAAAUAAUGGGAUUUUGAUAGUGUCAUUUAUUGCUAAAGAUUUAUUUUUACAAAGUAAAUUCAGGGUUUUAGAUGUGUAUACAGCUUUUACAAAUCAAUAAAGAUGAUUGUAUAAGAGUAUUUUCAGACUAAUUGGAUUCAAGGUUAUAUUCUUUUAAGUAUUGUUAGUCUGCAUGCACAUUGGCAGUAACUAGUUACCUGAAUACUCUGUAAUAUUUGUAUAAUGAUCAUUUCUUCUUAAGGAUCAAGACAUUAGAAAAAAUUGGAUCUAACUUAACCAUUGAUGAAUUAAGUCAAUUACAAGCACAAAAAAAAAGAACUUCUUUUAUAUAUAUUUUGAUUGACUACGUCUACCUUUUUUGAUCACCAAUUGUAAUUGAUUGAUGUACAAUCCACAUUUUUUGAUCACCAAUUGUAAUGAAACACUAAUUUUUGACAAAAAAUAGGAUAAGGUAUUUGACAAAAGUGAAUACAGUAGCAACAUUUGUGUCAAAAUGAUGUAACUUGGUAUAAAAUUUAAGUUCAAUA